AUGACCUCGUGGCUGGUCAUUCGAAAAGAGAACGAUCAUCCAUUGGAAUUCUUCUUCCAAAGAAAGAAGGUUCAUAGCUCCAGAAGACAGCCAUCAAGAAUCAAGAUUGCCUGGCCCAAGAUGUAUGUUACAAGAAUUCCUUUUGAGGAAUGGUUCUCUCCACACUCACCCCUCCGGCUAGUGAGUGACUCGGUCAACAAGGAAGCCACUGCACUGCAGCAGGUAACUGCAGCCAGCGACUCGGAUAUAUCCACUCACGCAGAUCAGCCACAACAGUGGUCUUACAGGCAGGAGAAACGGGGGUUGAUGGGCUUCUUGCUUGUUCUCUUGUUCCAAAGAAGGUUCAGCAACCAAGACGGCAACAGAAUUACAUGGCUGAUGAUUGAAGGCUGCCGUACCAGUAGCCGCACUGAGGUCCAAGCAGGCGCUGGUGGCAGGGGUGAUCCUCCUUUGGGUCGGUUGCCGAAUGAGAGAUAG